CGAUGGGCUAUGAGCUGUCAGAGCUGUCCUUGGCAUUGAAAGCCUCGUUUGGAUCAUCCUCGUGACGGAAGCAAGACCGGCGUAGCCAAACCCUCAUCUUUUCGCAUUUCGCAGCCACCCAAUCUGCACUCGUCGCCUCCAGUGAAGGACAAAGAUUCUCACCUUUUUCCUUGACAAAGAUCGAGUUGGUCAGAUUUCUUUUCUAGUACGGCUAACGACGAUGGUGAUGAGUUCCAACCAACGCGGAUCCGUAUGGCUGGCCACUGCUGCCAUGGCCACGAUGGCUGCCGUUGCAAUAAGCUUUGUCUGGCAGAAAAACAACAAACAGAUCGAAAGCAAGACCACUAAUAAAGGCAACAACAAUGAGAAAGACCCGAAAAUCCAAGCCAGGGCAUCACUGCCAGACGAAGAAAAGAAGGACGACGAAGUAUUAGUGCGCCCUCCUGUCUCGGAAAUUGCACUGACUGGAGAAACCAACGAUAAGCUUGUUCGCGUACUGACCAAGGGCGCCAUUACCAUUGCACAUGGGUCUGUGACGGGUAGUUGUGCCAAGUACGCAGCUCAGCUACAAGAAGCACUCCAGAUUGCGCUUGUGGUCAACAACAAGAAUUCCAACUACCAGAUACAAGUGGUCAAAAUGGACGAACUGGAUUGGUGGGAUGAGCUACUCAACGAUGAAGAUGAGGAACCACCAAAAUCAGGCAACACGAACAAGAACAACAACCAGCCACUCCCCAAAUUAAUCUUGCUGCUUCCCACCUACACAUCCGGGACUUGGCCUCCCACUGCCACCACACUGGCAUCCACACUGCAAGAACUCGAGACGGAUUGGAGAAUUGAAAAAUUUCCAUUGAAAAAGAAACUUCAUGUGGGUAUUUUUGGAAUGGGAUCUUCCGCCUAUGGAGAUGAUUCCAUGGGAAAACCGGCACGAGAAGCACAAGCGUCAUUGCAUCAAUUGGGAGUCAAGACGAUUGUACGGUUGGCCGUGGGUGAUGACGCGGUGGGAAAUCAUGCGCAGACCACAUUUUCGCGGUGGGUCAAUGAUUUGAUUGCCCGCAUUCCAAAAUUUGAUAAUAAUAAUGGCGCGAAAAAUCAAAAGAACAACAACAAAACCACUUCUUCUUGUAACAGCAAAAACAAAAACAAUGAGAGUGGCGACUGCUGCGGGAAGCAAUCCAAUAAUUCAUCCAACAAAGAUCAACAGCAGCAACAGCAAGACGAAGAGUACGAGUCAGAUGACGAGCAACAACCGGGAGAACCUGCCGUGGCGGAUUUAGAAGACAUGGGAGAUGUCAUGGCCGCGGAUGAAAAUAACAACAACAAGGAGAAUGGUGGUGCUCCACCAGAAAUGGUCACACCAUCACAGGCGGAGGCUCUCAAAAAGGAAGGAUACAAAUUGAUCGGGACUCAUUCGGCCGUCAAACUGUGUCGAUGGACCAAGCAUCAGCUGCGAGGACGUGGUGGUUGCUACAAGCAUACUUUCUAUGGGAUUACCAGUUAUCAGUGCAUGGAAGCAACACCGUCACUGGCAUGUGCCAACAAGUGUGUCUUUUGCUGGCGUCAUCACAAGAACCCCGUUGGUAAGGAGUGGAAGUGGAAGACGGAUGAUCCACAUUUUAUCGUGGAGCAGGCCGUCAACACACAUGUCCAAAUGAUCAAAGAAGCCAAGGGAAUUCCAGGAGUACGGAUGGAUCGCUGGAACGAAGCAUUGACGGUGCGCCACUGUGCAUUGAGUCUGGUGGGAGAACCCAUCAUGUAUCCUCGCGUGGGUGAGCUCUUGGGCGAUUUGCAUUCUCGCAAAAUAUCCACGUUUCUCGUGACGAAUGGACAGCAUCCUCAGGCAAUUGAGAGUCUACGACCCAUUACGCAGCUCUAUGUCAGUGUCGAUGCACCAACGCAAGAGAGUUUGAUUGCCAUUGACCGGCCAUUGUUCAACGAUGCAUGGGAUCGAUUGAAGCAAUCGUUGGUUUCGUUGAAAGACAAGGGGCAACGCACCGUGGCUCGUCUGACGGUCGUCAAGGGAUGGAACUUUGACGAGGUGGAGGGAUACGCACAGUUAGUUGCUCUGGGCCAGGUCUCCUUGGUCGAAGUCAAGGGUGUCACGUUUUGUGGCAAGUCGGAUGCCUCCAACUUGAAUAUGACCAAUACACCUUGGCACCACGAAGUUGUUGCACUGACGACACGGCUAAAGGAAGAACUCGACAAGCUACGAGAGGCAGACAACAGCUUGCCCGAAUAUGGUUUGGCGUGUGAACACAAACAUUCUUGCAGCGUCUUGUUGGCUCGAGUUGAUCAAUUUGCAUACGAUGAUCCAGUGACUGGACUCCGGAAAUGGCGUACGUGGAUUGACUAUGACAAGUUUCAUGAGCUGGCAAUGCAAUAUGCACGAGAUUCCUCGUUCACCUUUUCGGUCAAAGACUAUGUUGCCGAUACACCUGCUUGGGCGCUCAUUGGAGCAGAAGAGGAAGGCUUCGAUCCCACAGACACAAGACAUCGCAAGAAGACAAAGUAUCCCAAGUACACCCGGUUCGAUGAGGAAGGGGUGCCAACUCAUGACCACGACAACAAGGAAUUGAGCCACGAAGAACGCCAACAACUCACUAAGUUGAUGGACGAGCGAAAGAAUGAGAUUGGUUGUGGUACCACCGUGACAGAGCUUAAGGACGGUGCCAAGGAGAUCCAGGAUGCUAGCCUGAUGUUCCGAGGGCUGGUGGUAACUAAAUAAAUGUAACUAUUUGCUAGAUAACACUACAAUCCAGUGCAAAUGGGAGCGGAAAGGCUCGGAUGAUACCAUACAACAUGUAUCUUGAAGAACUUGGUAGCGUUCAGCUCGAACGUUAUUACUAGAUAGAUUUACGUAACCCACA